AGCCGUUGUCUCGUGUGCCUCCCCUCCUCCUUCUUCAUAUUCUUUCAACGGGAGAAUGAAAAUAACGGAGAGGGGUCUCGAGCGGAAAGGCGUCAUUUUAGCCAGAAUACGAGUCACGGACGGAGAGCCACGGGGUUGGCUGGCAGAUAACUGGAAGAAGCCGAAAAGAGAGAGAGAGAGAGAGAGAGAGAGAUAGAGAGAGAGAGACAGACAGACAGACAGGAGGGGGGCGGCCAUAAAAGCGUCCGAAUCGUUAUGUUAAGGGCACGGAAAUAAUUCGCCUUUUUUCUCCGCAUCAGCACCACCGGGAUGGACGUGGUCCUUCUCGCCGAGGACGACGCUGUCGGUAGACGCUCGAGAGCCGAAAUCGUCCUCAUCCGCGACUGAAACGCGCGCCACGGACCGACGGACGGACGGACGAACGGCAGCGCUCGGGUCUCUCGGUCCGCGGGGGAUCCGGAGGUAGCCCACCGCCCCUCUGCGCUCCUACGGUGCCGCGCAGCCGAAAGUACGCGGCUCCGUUACAAGAGCCUGUGCCGGUAGCACGUUAGGCACGAACAAAGGCUUUUCGUCACUGCAGAACUGGGAUGCCGCUGACUUCUGCCAUAAACUCCACGACCGGAUCAGCGCUUUGUCCUCAACGAAAAUCUAGAUUUCCCUAAAGCGGGCGAUGGGAUGAAAAUGCGACGUCACAGGGUGUUCUUGCUCUGCACUGUGGGCUUGUGCGUCAUCUCUUUCCUGCACUACUACAAGGCCCUGCACUACGUCUCAUUGCUGCGGGAGCUCUCGGCGCCCUAUCCCAACAUCAAGUCCUUCAUCAUAGUCACGGGCUUCUUCUGGAGGGAGCGGGCUGCCCCGCUCACCAGCGCCGCCCCGGAGGAGGCACCGCCGCCAGCCCUGAGGCCCUCCUAUGUCAGGCCCCGGGCAGGCGACGGGUUCAGGGCAGUCCCAGAGCUGGAUAAGGCUGGGGAACCGCGAGCGCCUCAGCCGUGGGCAAGACCAGACGAGCCACAUCACAAGGAUCUGGAGCUCAUCCAGUUGGAGAAGAAGGGCAACGGGAAGAUGAUGGUAUGGAACCCUAGUAGCCCCCCCCACCAGAGACCUGACCUCUUGAGGCCCAACGCUCCCAGUAUGGUAUCACAGGAGUUCCGCCCUCAGCCACCAGCGUCCACUCAUGACCCCAUCACAUUCCUUGGCGACUUACACAAGCGGACCUUCACCCUCAAAGAGGACUACGGCCCCUACUUUGUCCGGACCAAAGCCGGAGCCCUGUGCUUCCGGCAGGGUACGGAGGCAGCGCACCCCCGGGAUGACGGCGGGGGUGCAGGGAAAGGCCGACCGACUGCAUCCGCAUCGCUGCAGCGGAAGAUACUGCAGGCGGGUGAGGAGCCAGGCACCGGCGGGAGGCCGGUGGAGGGCUCCAGCCCGAUGCGGUCCAAACCCUGGAAGGGAAAACGGCUGGUGAAGUGCGUGUGCCGCGCCGGCUGGCACGGGCCGUACUGCGGCGUGCCCACCUUGGUGCAACACUCCAACCUGCCCACCAGGGAGCGCCUGGCCCCACGGGAUCGCCCUCGCCGUGUUAUCAACGCCAUCAACGUCAACCACGAGUUCGACCUGCUCCACGUGCGCUUCCGGGAGCUGGCCGACGCCGUGGACCUCUUCUUGGUGUGCGAGUCCAACUUCACGGCGUACGGUGAGCGGCGGUCACUCGGCUUCCUGCGGCUGCUCCUCAACGGCACGUACAACUAUGUGCGGCACAAGAUCCUCUACGUGUUCCUCGACCACUUCCCCGACGGCGGCCGGCAGGACGGUUGGAUCGCGGACGACUACCUGCGCACAUUCCUGACUCGCAACGGCAUGACGAGGCUGCGCGGCGCCCGCUCCGACGACGUCUUCCUCAUCAACGACGCCGACGAGAUCCCGGCACGCGAAGGCAUCCUCUUCCUCAAGCUCUUCGAUGGUUGGACGGAGCCGUUCGCCAUCCACAUGCGCAAGUCACUCUACGGCUUCUAUUGGAAGCAGCUGGGCUCGCUGGAGGUGGUGUCAGGCUGCACCCUGGGCAUGCUCCGUAACGUCUACGAUAACGACGGCAUCCGCCUGCGCCGCCGCGAGUACUACACCAUGCCGGGUUUCCGCAAGUAUGAGAACGACACGGGUCACAUCCUGGUCCAGUGGGCUCUGGGAAGCCCAAUUCACUUUGCUGGCUGGCACUGCUCCUGGUGCUUCACACCCGAGGGCAUCCACCUCAAGCUCGUGUCAGCCCAGAACGGGGACUUCCCGCGCUGGGGAGACUACGAGGACAAGCGGGACCUCAACUACAUCCGUGAGCUGAUCCGCACAGGCGGCUGGUUCGAUGGCACCGUGCAGGAGUACCCGCCGUCGAACCCAAAGGAGCACAUGUAUGCGCCCAGGCACAUGCUGGACAACUACAACCGCUACCGUUAUCUGUUGGAGAACCCUUACGUCAAGCAGUUGACGCUGGGUGGAGGCUAAGCUGGUGGUGGUGCCAGCUUCUAAAGGAAGACGGCUCGGAUUACGAGGAAAACAAAAAAAAAGGGGGGGGGGGCGUCCCAGGAAAGAUUUUUGGGGGAGGGAGGGAAUAGACCUCUGCCUACAUUCAUUUUUUUCCCCUUGCUCUUUCAUUGGACUCCAGAGGUCACCCACCACCAUCCAAUCAGACCAUUCAAGAGUAUGGACAAAUCAGACCUCACGCAGGGUCCUGUGCAGGUCUUUUUCCUCUCUUGUGUGCCCAGUAAACAUGCGGAAUCGCUCGAGAGACUGUAUGAGCCUGUUCCGUUUGUGCUGGUUUCACUGCUCUCUGAUCCCGUGUGUGUGUGUGCGUGCGCACGUGUGUGUGACAGACUGAGCAUCAUGGCCCUUAAUGCACACUUUCUUGCUUGCACAUCAAUUUUUGUGACAUACAACUAAAACUAAUCAUUAAGAUUUAGGUUUUCUUCAGUCUAAAAACUGACAUGCGGCUUCUGUGAUUCGUAUAUAUGACUCAUCGUUCGUGCAGAAACUCAGUAAACAUCCGUGUGCAUUGGAGAGAAAUCUUUUGAAGAGGCUGAGUAGGGUAGAGGGGACAGAUGAGGGGAUUACUGUAUGAGAGAGAGAGACUGGCCUCGUUCCAUUUCGGGUCUGAUUGGGUUGACCCAGUGAGGUCUUGGGUUACUGCAGCACUGGGGAUCAUGGGAUGCACUGAGCAUGCUUGCGCACACGUCACUUCAGACGUGGCAUGCGAUGGGUGUAUUUUGACCUUAACUGCGCCGGCGGGGGGGGCAUCUGAUCCUGGGUCAGCUCUUCUGUUUCACGGCAGUUUAUGAACACUGAUACCGAGAAGCAGGGGGUUUGGUGUUCCGGAGUGCAGUAAAGCCAGUGAGGUGUUGUAUCUGCGAGCUCUCAGGAAGUGUACAGAGACUUAAAAAAAACUGAGAUCACUCAGCAAGGAAGUUGGGUGUUUCCCUUCAGAGCAGAUUUGAUUGCAUCACAGGUGGUGAUGACACGCAACAGCACGAGACAUCUCAGUUCAAAAAUCACCAUGGAGGAGAAGGAUUAAGACACUUUCCUCCCUUUCUCGCUCUCUCUGGCUCUAGUUCUCUCUCUGUCACAGACACACACACAGACACAAACUUCCUCCCAGAGGAAAAGGUGAUGUCUCAUGUGCCAUCUGCAGUAUGGCAUCAGGGGAGGGUGGACAUUGAGCAGUGGGGGGGCAGGAAGAGAGAGAGAACAGCAGAACGCAAACACUCCAGUGAGGUCACCGUCCUCUGCAACAAGGGUUUAGAAAGUGCACGUCCUGUGUUUGUUUGUGUAAGGGUGUGGGUAUGGGUAUGUGGGUUUGCGUGAGAAUGGGUGAGAGACGCAGGCUGGGCUCCAUACUCCAGAAAAAGUGCUUAUGAGCACCAGGUGCAGGGAAGGCGAGCAAAGCAAAAUUGUUGAGGGUUUUCUUUUCUAUUAAAAACAAAACCACACAAGGGGCAGUCCAAGGGCAAGGCCAUGUUCCCUGCACCACUCCGAACGCUUCCCUUUUGUGCAGCACGUUCUCUCUACACACACGCACUCACUCACUCCUGGAUUCCUUGCCAGCUCCUUGGGGCGACCCUGGCUAGCAGGCCAAAAAUAACCUCUCCUCCAUGUUAGAAGGAGCUGUUGGCAAGCGACCUGUGCCCAAAAGACCUCUCCUUCCCCCCUCCCCCACCAUUGGAGCUUUACAGGGGCUGGUUGGCACCACGCUCGACCUUACGCAGGGAGCCCUGGGCUGCUGUUUCCAUGGCAAUGCCCUCUCCUCACUGCCAAGCUCGCCUGUUCAGAAUGAGUGGCAGAGAUUGUGGGGGAGGGGGCGUGUCUCAGACCUGCUCUGGACUUGGCACCCACAAACCCCUUACAGUCUCUGGUCUCUCUGUUGUGCCGGCGCGGUUUCCAACUUCCCCCACCGGCAUGAGUGGCACAGCCCGAAGAUCAUUGAGAACCAUUUAAGCGGCAUCCUCUAAGGCACAUCUGCGGGGGGUGGGGCUCGGCACGGUGCUUGAGCGUGUGGUGUUUACAGCCACGAUCCUAGAUCUGGCGGUGGGCACGCGUCACGGACACGCGCACGUGCCAGAGGGUGACUCAGUCGGGCACCGGCUCCGGCUCCCCACAGGGCCGUGCCAGCCCACAGUUAGCAGCCCGAGUGACCUUCCUCUCUGCAAGCCCCCUCAGCAGUAGCAGUGACUCAAAAUGUGCCCUCCUCCAGACUUCUGAGUUUGUUUUCCUCUCUGGGGUCAGGGAGGUAAUCAUGAGUCAUCAUCAGAUGACUGGCAGCACCCUGAAUUCUGAUAGGGAGAGAGGAGAAGGGCCGAUGCAUUUAAAGAAUGCUUCUUUAAUUAAAGGGCCCACUUCACAAAGGCCAGGAAUGAAUCACAGAGGCCUUAUAAAUGAUCCAGGUAGCAGAUAUUGUCUUAAACAGAGUGUUGCGAAUGAGAGCAAAUUACUUGGAUUUCUUUCCCCCCCACCCUGAAAAGAAAACAACAACAACAAAAAAGCAAAAUAAAUGGUCACUGGAAAUUAAGGCACUGAAAAGGCAAGGCCAGUUAUUACUCCCCACUCAUUAAAGUGCCGUUGCCCCGAGCGUCGGCUUGUCAGGGCCAGAGCAGGUCCCCGCAUCACUGCUGUUGGUUGAUUUCAUGCAAGGUUGCCCAGACCAACGGUUCCUGCUGGUUACAUCCUCCAUUCCAGAAAGUUUUUAAAAGCAAGCCACGCUGGGGUCGGCCUCUCUCUCUCUCCCUCUCUCACACUCUCUCUCUCCCUCUCUCCCUCUCUCUCACACUCUCUCUCUCCUGUUCGGUCCUGUCUUUUCUGCAGGACAUCCUCCCUUUUUGGGCUUUAUUUGUUUUGUUUUGUUUUGUUUUUUAUAAUUAAUGAACUUUUUGCUGUUGUAAAUGUCCUUGUUGCUGUUUACAUGAAUUAUCUAAGUUAUUAUCAGAAUAAAAAAGGGAAACCUGCACACCGAGCGAGGCUUUAGUUGCGGCGGGGGCUGUGUCGGUCUUUAUUCCCUCUGUGUCUUUUGUUUCCUCUGACUGAUGCUCUAGUUUUGUCAUGUUGAAGCACUGUCCUGUACUACAACUCCUCCUUAAUGGAAUUGUACACGUUGAUAUGACAUUACUGAGACAUAUCUGGACUUGCACUUAUUUUAUAUUUUUGUUUGCCUGUGAAUUUAUUUUUGUCCCAAUGUUUAUCAGGGAUUUCUGUCAAUACCCAGACUUUAAAAAGCAGCUUUUUUACAUUUCUGAAAGCAUUUUGCAGUCAAAACCUAUGUGAAAAGAUCAGGCAUUUAAAACCUUAGAGAGGACAUUUGAAUGGUAAAUGAAGAAAGGAUGGAAAGAAUAUAUGUGUGGGGAGGGGUGUGUCUUGAGUGUGUUUGGGUGGGUAGGAUGUGUUUGGGGUGUGUGUGUGUGUGUGUGUGUGUGUGUGUGUGUGUGUGUGUGUGUGUGUGUGUGUGUCGACAAAUCCAUAUGCUCUGACAGAGCAGAUCAAAGGCAGCAAUAAUGCUUAUGUACUGAACAACAGAUGGUGUACGCACACACACACACACACACGUACGCAGGCACGCAUGCUGUAGCACCUGGCUUUAGUUCAUGUCCACAUCCAUUCUCAUUCAUGAUCAUUACAUGACGCAGGAUGUGCACUGCACAUGUGUAGUGUGUGUUUGCGAGUAAGCAUGUGCCAGUCAGAUGAUGUCUAAUACAUCUCCGCACGCGCGCGCGCACACACACACACACACACACACACACACACAGGCACUUGCGUUCUCUUGAGUUCUCUCAGCUGAACCUUGCGUUAACAAGGACAUGGGUGAAGGCUCAGACAACCUGCUGAGGGCCAGGAGAUGUGUUGCAGUAGAGCUGAGAGGGGGCGCAGCUUCUUCCUGUAGCGCAGUGGAACAGACCUAAUCGGGCACUGUGCUUCCUGUCUGCUAAAUCACCCUCAUUUAAGGGUUUUACUUUCUUGCUAAAAGCCACAUUUGAUAUCAAAGUUGUUGGGGUUUUUUUAUUCAUUAUAUGUAAGUGUAAUAUCUCUUCAGUGAAGUCCGCUUCUGGCAGCUAUUGUUUUGUUUUGGUUUUGGUUUUUUUGCUUUUUGUGUUUUUUUAAUAAAACUCAGUCAUUUUUUUUUUUUUUUGUAAAUCGAGCUACGCCAAUGUCGUCUUUGACAUUCAUCAUUUAUCCAUAUCUCAGAAUACUGCCGGUAUUUGCCACAUUUUUCACCAGACUGGCACACCAGCUGACCUGAAGCCAGUUUUGCCAUUACCACUGAGGAAGGUAGCACUGAUUAGCUUGGUCCCAGACCAUGACUGUCUUCAGAGCAAAUGACUCUGAAUUUUGUGCUGUGACUGGCUGUGGCCACCAGAGGGCAUGAGACACAGUUAAUGCGAUUUCACUCAUCUGCCCGCAGGAGCCUUUCUUGCUGCACUGUUGGUAAACUGGUGCGGCCAGAGAUCCUACAGACCCUUUAGGGUAUAUAAACGCGUGAAAACAAUUUUUUAAAAAACCUUAUUAAAACUUUGUACAGUUAGGUUGCCAGACUUUCCUUAAGGAUUUUUAGCACUGGGUUGCCACUUACGACCUGACAGCACUGAGGUCCCUUCUGGUUUUGUGGUGCUCCAGACAUACAGAAGUGGCUCUGGUCACCCAUGCCUGAACAAUGCUGGCAUGCCUUUGGCACCUUUUCGCCUUGGGAGAAAAUGGCAGAGUGGACUCACCAACCCAGCUGCAUCAUUGUGCGUCUGUCUGUGUGUGUGUGUGUGUGUGUGUGUGUGUGUGUGUGUGUGUGUGUGUGUGUGUGCGCGCGUGUUUUCACCUGCUUGACGUUCUAUCUUCUCCUCUUAUCCCCACAUUCUGGCGCAUCUCAUUGAGGGUUCAGACCACUUCACUAAAAUGUGCCCCGCUGCAGGAGGGAAUGGCAGAAGCUGUUGAAUUUGCAAGAAAGCGGGCAGAACCUUUUCCAGAAGAAAGGGAUUUUUUUUCUCCUUUGUUGGUAAUGAGGGUGUACAUUUUAAGCUUUUUUUUUGUUCUGUAUAUGAAUGGCUCUAUGUUAACCUAAACAGAAAAAAAAUAUGAAUUCUAUGACAAAGAAACUAUAAUAAAUUAAUUUUAAAAUUGUAUAA